AUGGACAAAGAUUGCGACAUGGUAUAUAAGAAUAUUUCUGACAUAUAUAAAUCUGAAGAAUUUAAGACCUACGACAACUUUGUUUCGUUAGUUGCAGAAUGUGUAUGGCAGAUAAGAGAUAAAGAUAGAAGAGGUAAGGUAUGGAAUGAACAAAUAAGACCCGCUAUGUUUGAGUUAAAGAAAACCAUUGACGCCUUGGUUGUUUUAGCAGGUAAGGUUUCAGAAUAUAACGCAAAAAUGAACCCGCAAUGUUCUAAAUGUAAAGCAGCAAUGAGGAAAUAUAACUACUCCGUCAAAGAGAUAGAAAGAAUGCGAAACGACUAUGCAGACUUAAAGAAAGAAGCAGAAAAGCCAGCAGAAGAUAAAAUGAACAUGUUAGAAUUUCUUAAUAAAAAUUAUCCAACAGCAGAAGAUUUCCUUCUAUCUGACGUCAAGAAGAAGUAUAAAGAAACUUUCGGCAUUGUUAAAACAUUCGAUGUACUGACAGAAGAAAUAGAAGCUACGAAAUUGUUUAGAAUUUCAAAUAUACAUCGUACAAUUCAUGUGAAACGCUUGUGA